UAUAAUGUGUCGCAUUGCACUUUGAUUCACGAAAAGGCUUAUAAGCGUCAGCGCAGCUUCCUUUCGUUACAAAGUAACAUACACAAUACUGUCGUCAUGAUCGUUAAGGUUGUGAUCUUAAUGUGCUUCGUGUUCGGUUCACAUGCAAAACCGAUAUCAGUUCAUGAGGGUGUUCAUUAUGCAACUGCACCAGCGUAUUCGUACGCAUCCGCUCCGCUGCAAACAUACGCCGUUCCAAAGGUAGUGGCUCCAGUGGUUUCAGCACCAAUAGUCUCACCCGUUUACCAUACGCCAGUCUACAAGCACAUCGAACCGGAACCCUACGAUCCGAAUCCCGAAUACAGUUACAGUUACGGCGUUAACGAUCCUCAUACGGGUGACAGUAAACACGCCGAGGAAUCGCUUUAUAAUGGAGUGGUACGUGGUAGCUACAGUUUAGCGGAACCGGACGGAACCAUCCGAAAAGUCACGUACACAGCUGAUAAAGUGAACGGUUUCAACGCAGUGGUUGAGAAAAUUGGAACACCCAAGCAUAUAACGCCACUGAAAUAUGUUGCAGCCGCACCCGUUUAUCAGGCACCUAUUGCUAAAUACGUUUCACCCGUAGCACCCGUUUAUCAUGCUCCGAUUGCAAAAUAUGUUGCUCCAGCUACCGUCUAUCAUGCUCCAGUCGCCAAAUAUGUUGCUCCGGCUGCUGUCUAUCAUGCUCCAGUCGCCAAAUAUGUUGCCCCGGCAGCAUAUCAUGCACCGGUGUAUGCCAGUUAUCACGGAUAUCAUUGAUACGUGUGCCUUUAUAGUUGUUAGAAUCUCAUUCUCAAGUUAAUUUAAUUAUUUAAACAGAAAUAUUUAACGAAACCUGCAUUUAACUGAAUAAAAGAAUUUCAGUGCUCAAAAA